UGUUGUGAAGAUCAAUAAGUAACUGUGAAGACCUGAAAGUUUUAUAAAUGUUAAUGAUCAUUAUUAUUAAACAUAAUUAAAGCAGUCUGAAAGUAGAAGUUUUGCAGAAGGGAUUCAUGUUUCUGUUGGGAGGAAGAAUGUGCUUAUGUUCAGUGAAGAAAUGGGGCUGGUUGAAUUAUAUAACCUUUGUGGUACCAUGGAACCUUAAGUUAUAAGGGUCUUCAGACUCCGCAGCCUCGAGUUACUUCUCUGAAUUCCUCUUCUGUUCGCUCUCGGGUUUACUCAUCUCUAGUCACACUGGUCUCCUAGCUGUGUCUCACACAUAGCAGAUACACUCCCACCUCCGGGCCUUACACUUGCUGCCUCAAGUUUUUUCACCUACAUAUCUUCAUGGCUUUCCCUUAUUACCUUCAUGUCUUUGUACAAAUAUCACCUUAAUGAGGGCUUUUCUAACUAUCCUACCUAAAAUUGACACCUCCCCAUACACAUACAGGUGAACAUAAAUAUUCACUAAUCUUUUAUGCUCAUUUUCCUCCAUAGCACUUACACCAUUGGCAUACUGUUUAUUUAUUCAGUUUAUUGCUGUUUCCCUCCUGUUAGGUAGUUCCUGGUACAUAGUAAACCUUGAAUGAAUGAUUUUUUUCUACACUAUGGCUUAUUCCUAUUUUUAAAGUCUGAAGACUUUUUAAGUUAUCUUGCACUAUUUAUGUCGAGCUAUUCCACAUAGGCUUGAUUCAUAAUUGAGUGGAGAUAAACUUAGAAAUUAAGAGAGGCUGUGGAGAGUCUGGGUCAGAGAUUCCAUUCCCAGAUUCCAGGCUUAUCGAUGCUGUGAGCACCAACAGAUCUGUUUAGGGCUUUGAUUUUUCUUAUUGAUAAAUUGGGGGUUGCUGCAUGUGUAAAGUGCUUAAUAACAUUGUGAUAUGUAUGUUACUUGGCAUCAUGGUGGGCAAGGCUCUUGGAUUCUCCAUCCAAGGACUCAUUAAUAAUGCAAGGAAAGCUCUCCUGAUUUAAUGCAGUGGCGCCAACUCUAUGGACUGGUUACUGCUGGACUGUCUCCAUUCAUUCAUGCUCAGGCCACUCUAAUGCCAAACCCUUAACUUGACUAAAAAUCAUUCUUCUCCUUAAUAGCUUCCCUUUAACUGCCAUACUUGGUACUAUACCCUGAUCUUGGAGAUACCCUGAUCUGUUUUAGUUGAAUUCAGAGAGCUUACUUAUUCAGCAGCUGAUUCUCUUUGACUCCAUAGUACAGCUAUCUUUUGUUUUUUGAGGGGGGAGGUGAUUAAUACUGCAGUUGUGGGGAACAGUGAACAGAAUGAACGGUGGCUUAGAAACUUCUGGUUUCUGUCCCCCCAAUUACUUUUGUCAAUAAUUAGCUGUCCUUGGACAAAUUACUGAACCAUUCUGAGGCUCCGUUUCCUCAUGUCUAAAACAAGAUUAGUUCCUGCCCUUUAUGCUUUACAGAGUUGCUGUAGAGUGGAAACUGAGAUUAAGGAAAAAUAGAAUACGGUAUGUAAGCAAAAGGCAUUCGCAUUACUAUUCUUGCAGUGACCUCAUCACCAGGCCGUGAGGAUGAGGUGAGGAACGAUGGGUCCUGGGAGUCUGGGCUUUGACUUUGGUUAUACUGUCUUCCCCAGAAGACUUGCAGACAGAAAGGCGCUCUGCUGCAAGUCUGACAAGCCUCCAUUCAGAAGGGACUGGGAGGGUGGCACUUGAUUUUCAGCCUUAUUUCUAUAGCUCUGAGCUCUUCACCCUGACCUACGGUGCUUUAGUUACCCAGCUCUGCAAGGACUAUGAAAAUGAUGAAGAUGUGAAUAAACAGCUGGACAAAAUGGGCUAUAACAUUGGAGUCCGACUGAUUGAAGAUUUCUUGGCACGGUCAAAUGUCGGGAGGUGCCAUGACUUUCGGGAAACUGCAGAUGUCAUCGCCAAGGUGGCAUUCAAGAUGUACUUGGGCAUCACUCCAAGCAUCACCAAUUGGAGCCCAGCUGGUGACGAAUUCUCCCUCAUUUUGGAAAAUAAUCCCUUGGUGGACUUCGUGGAACUUCCUGAUAACCACUCAUCCCUUAUUUAUUCCAAUCUCUUGUGUGGGGUGUUGCGAGGAGCCUUGGAGAUGGUCCAGAUGGCUGUGGAAGCCAAAUUUGUCCAGGACACUCUGAAAGGAGAUGGUGUGACAGAAAUCCGGAUGAGGUUCAUCAGGCGGAUUGAGGACAACCUCCCAGCUGGAGAGGAAUGACCACCCCCAGGACUUCAGGGUAGCCAGCAGGAGCACUUGUUGGAAUCAGAAAGCCUCAGUGCUCCUUCUGCCUUCGAGAAUUCAGUGACUCUUUAACGGAUGUUAUAUAUUCUUCUAACCUUGUUUCCAUUCUCUCCGUGUUAAUAAAGAGCAGACUGUGAUAUAGUCCAUUUACCUACAAGUGUGCGCAUUCAGGAGGGAAAUUCUCUGCUCCCUUUCUCUUCAAAGGGGCUGGAUGUAGUCAUCCUUUGUUGGACUAGAGGAGCUCAAACCAUUUUACAUUCCUGUUUGAAUUUUCCAAAGCAGAACCCACUCUGACCCCAUUAAGAGGCAAACCUCACACACCUAUACCUGGGUCUUCAGAAAGUCAUUGGUGAGUGACUGUAGGGAGUCCAGGACUCACUGGACAGGGAGGAGAAGAUGGGAGGGGCGGGUCGGAUUUGCUGGCUGGAGUGUGAUACACUCUAGUGCUUGCCAGGAAAGGGGAGCCAGUCAUGCCAGAAACAUUGACUUCUGGGAAACCACCCAGGUCUCUCAUUCCUCCCCGCUGUUUGGAGGCAACAUCUCCUCUUUUUACAGAGGGUCCAUCUUUUUUUCUUACAAAUUCUUCAAUAAAAACACAUUCUUGAGUGAAAUCCCAA